AUGACCGGCGAACAGGCCGCAGCAAUGUCGGAUCUCUCAUCUCAACUUCACUACGCUUGGUAUUACUAUCAGGCGACCCUCAUGAACGCGGACAGUCAAAAGACAUACGACCUGGAGCUACGCUCCCUGAUCAUACGACUUAACCGGCAGUACGCACAUUGGGGCGGCGCAAAUCUUAAGUCCUUACCGUCUUUGGCCCUCGCUGCAAUCUAUGAAAAUGAUCGAGUUAUAAAGAUUCUCCGACGGAAGCUACGCCCCGGGCAGUAUCUAAACGAAGCGCAAGUUCGAGACAACAUCCUUGUUGCACACCUCAUUCCGAUCAAGGACGGCUCUUUACCGGGGCAGUUUGAAGGAGCAAGUAGAAUUGCGCAAACCCCGGACGACGGCGGCUGCAACUUCAAACUUUCCAGCGUUCCGCAGAUGUACAAGCGGCCCGCUGGUCUCCAACGGAUAAACCGUCGGUCGCUUUCAUGCCAGGGCGAGAUGUUUAUAGAUCCAUUGCGCUGGCGUACAGAAGAUUGCAAGACGUUCUAA